AUGACCAGCGCGCCCCUUCUCCGACGGGUCCUCGGCGACCUGUCGGUCAACACCGUCAAUACGUCACCAGGCGCGCCUAUGGCAAACAAACAGUCGUACGGAAGCGGGAAGAAGCGUUCAUACCAGGCAAUGAAAGAUGCCGAGAGUAAACUCGAACACGCGAGUGAAAGGAAUGUCAAGCAGGCUCAUGUAGGUAGCCAGGCAAUGAGGGUUGAAAAGGUCACGACCCCCACGAUCAACAUCACGAUGGACUCCACAGCCUCAUCAACUUCCACCCUGAAGCCCACAGCCGAAGAAGAGGAGGAAUUGCAGAACGAAAACAGAGGUGCAGGCACGAGUCCCGCCACCAGCACGCGCUCCUCCUCCUCCUCCACCACCACACUCCAAAGCCCAGCUACAGCCUCCCAAUGGGACGACUCCUACCAAUCCCAACACACAGAGAUAACGCAGCCGGAGCUUGCAAGAUCAGAGCCUGCAACCCCCGCGGUGCAGCGGAAUGUCCGUGAGAUCGCCGAGAAACUACGCCUAAGGCUGGGAUUGGCCGCCUAUCGCAUACGCACGAAUCAGGAAGAGGUGCCGUUUGAGGAAUUGAGGGUCAUGAGGGAGGGGGAAACCUUACUCGCUCCACCGCCACUCGUCCCUGCGGGCCCGAUUGAUCCACAGCUCGUAUCUCCCGCGCUACCUGGCGCGUCGGCGGGGGAAGAGGGGAGGGAGGGGAGGCAGGGGGGUCCACUGAUGUCGCUGGAACGAAGCGAGGGUGCUAGGGCCGGGGCCGGGGCCGGGGAUGGGGAGGGGGAGGGGGAGGAAAUUUUCAAAACCCCCGCACUGCCUCGACUUAGACGUCCGCGGUCUGGAGGUGAUGAGGAGAGUCCGUCGAAACGGAGUAAAAGUGGGGGGGUGGAGGCGAGGAGCAAGAGGAACGUCUGA